UCCGUUGAACGGCUGUCCGCUAGAAUAUAGUCUGCCGUGGAUCGUCGGACCGUUCAGUCUUUUGUGUCGUUCAGUAUCAUCCGAUUCGUGUGAUCGACAGCACAGCUCAAAUUUUUUUUCUUUUUUUUCUAAUUCCUUGAAGUAACUAAAAACAGAAAUCAAAAUGGCUGAUGAUGAGGCUAAGAAGGCUAAACAGGCUGAGAUCGAGCGCAAGCGUGCUGAGGUGCGCAAGCGCAUGGAGGAAGCCUCCAAGGCCAAGAAGGCCAAGAAGGGUUUCAUGACCCCAGAAAGGAAGAAGAAACUCAGGUUGCUGCUGCGUAAGAAAGCCGCUGAGGAAUUGAAGAAAGAACAGGAACGCAAAGCGGCUGAACGUAGACGCAUCAUUGAAGAACGUUGCGGCAGUCCCAGGAAUCUCAGUGAUGCCAGUGAAGCCGAGCUGCAAACAAUAUGCAAACAAUAUUGGCAACGCCUUUACGCAUUGGAGGGCGAUAAGUUUGAUUUAGAACACGUGCAGAAAGUCAAGGCCCAAGAGAUCAACGAUCUCAAUGCCCAAGUUAACGAUCUUCGCGGCAAGUUCGUCAAGCCAGCCCUGAAGAAGGUCUCCAAAUACGAAAACAAAUUCGCCAAGCUGCAGAAGAAGGCCGCUGAGUUCAACUUCCGCAACCAACUUAAGGUCGUGAAGAAGAAGGAGUUCACACUGGAGGAGGAAGAGAAGGAGAAAAAGAUAAAAGAUGCCGCUGUGCUGACAAAAGCCAAAAAGUAAGAAACCCGACUGGUCCAAGGGCAAACCCGGCGAUGCCAAGGUGAAGGAGGAGGUUGAGGCCGAAGCUUAAGUGUCCACACGUCCACUAGUGUCCACUGACCCGUGACUCCCGCCCUAAACAAUAAUUGAGAUUAUUAUACAACAAUUUUCUGAAGCAAUACAAUUUAUAUAAUUCUAUUAAAUAUAUAUAUAUAUCUACAAAUAUAUAUACAUCUAUAUACAUAUAUUCAUGUAUAUAUCUCGCCAUAUAUAUGUGUGCCAUAUGAAUAUGAACAGAAUGAAGUCAAUAAACCAAAACAGCAACAACUAAAACCAACUCAA